AUGGUGAAUCAUGCUUUCCAAUUGGUCACGAAAUGGUCGUCAAUUGUUUUAAGAAGAAUGUCAUUGAGAGGACAAUGUUAUCCACUUGGACACGAACUUUUCGAAAACUGUGUAACGAGGGUUUGUGAACAAAACGCUCAGGGUGGUAUAGGAUUCGUCAGUAAAGUAAUAAAAUGCCCUAAUGGUGAUGAAUGUGUUGCACCCGGUACUCCAUUCAGUGCAACCCUUGACGGUGAAGUAUAUGGUAAUACUGUAUGUGAGGUUUUGGCUGAUGGUCGUGUUAUCUUCCGAUACCAACAAUAAAUCUCUUAAACCACU